GAUUGCAGUGGGCGGGAGUUACCGUUGCCGCCGGCCGGAUGGCGGCGGGGCCCGCGGAGCGGAGCUGCGGGCAGCGGGGAGAGCCGGGAUCAGCGGAGAUGGAGCCGCGGCCCCGGUCGCUCUUCUGCUCGUCGCAGAUGGAGGCCAGUCUGACGUGCGCCGUGUGCCUGUCCCUUUUCGAGGAGCCGGUGACGCUGCCGCUCUGCUCGCACAACUUCUGCCGGGGCUGCGUGUUAGAGUGUCUGGCCUCGGCGGAGGCCGCCCGGCUGCAGCAGCGGGGCCACGGGCAGGUCCGCGGGGCGCGGGGGGGACAAGGACAGGGAGCGGACGGCGACGACGCGGCGGGGGCCCGAGUGUCGUGCCCGCUGUGCAGGAAGCUCUGCCCGCUGCCUCGCGGCGGCGCGGCCGCUCUGCCCGUUAACACCACGCUGGCCGAGGUGGUCAGGCUGUACCGCUCGAACGCGGCCAGGGCCGGGGGAAGCUGUCAGAAACACCCGGGCCGGCUGCUGCAGCUGUACUGCCGGAUGUGCCGCCAGGCGGGGUGCGGGCAGUGCGUGUCUGAGGAGCACCAGGGCGUCUUUCACUCCAUCAACCUGAUCGACACGGUGUACCAGGAGGAGCAGUUGAACUUCUUCAGCAGUCUAAAAGAAAUGAGAAUAAUAAAUGAGAAGCUGAUGAAUGAGAUCUCCAGUCCUGCAGAUGAUACUGAUACGGUGCUGAACAAUGAAGCAGAGAUCAUUGCGCUGGCGUUUGGAGAAAUUUCCAAGACUCUGGAAAUGAAGAAACAGCAGUUGACAGAAGAUCUUGAAAAUCAAAGGCGUAAAAAGGAGAAAGAGUUUCAGAUUUGGAAGAAAAUGAAAGAAACUCACAAGAAAACCAUUGAGAAUCUUUUGAACGACUGUGAGAAGCUAGUUCAUGAAUGUGAUCCUCAGCAAUUCCUGGAGGUGGCCUGUGGCUUGAACACAAGAAUGAAAACUCAGCUUGACCUGAUGAAUAUAGCAUCCAGCUAUAAAAAGCCGCCAGAGAACGCUCAGAAGAAAAUGGAUAUCAAACCUGUGGUUAAUGAAAUCUUGGCUUUGAAGUUAGUGCCACUUAAUGUGGACACAGCUAAAGACCUGCCUGCUGGAGGAAAUGACAACUCAACAGAAAAUAUCAUAAACCAGUGGCAGGACCAGAAGAAUACACCCAACUUAUUUCUUCCAGUAGCAGGACACGAGGAAGCACUGACAGACAGCGGUAGGAUCUGUACUCGCCUCAUGUCAAUAUCAGAAAUGCCAGUGUUUCAAAACUUGAGUCACGAGGAGCUGCGUUACAAAUACUACAUGGAACAUCAGAAUCUUAAUAAGCUCAAGAUACAAACAUUACCUGCAAGUAAAAAGUAUGAGUUUGUGGCUGCUGAGGCUUUGAAGAAAAUGGUACUGACAAAACCAAGAAAGAAAAAAUGAAGUCUCUUGGCAAAACACCUCUAAAUCUAGGAAAUUCUGCGUAUCCAGCGUGUGCAGAGCCUGCUUCUAGACUCAGUCAUCGAAAAUGUGAAGGCUCUUCUUUUUGUAU